AUGCCAAAGGUCAUAGCUUCUCUUAACAAAGGGGGAAUUCAACAAAAUUCACAAACACAUAGAUAUAAGCGUCAAGUGACACAAUUAGGCAGUAACAAUUCCAGUAAAAAGAAGAGAAGGGUUGUAAAAAAAUUGACAAGGGUACAACUGGUAUCGAAUGGUACAUUAGACGAUAGUGAUAAUCAAAAUUUAGAAGGUGAUGUUAAAAAGAUAAAUCAAGAAGCCACAACUAAGAGAAAGCUACGUAGGAUAAAAAUUAAAAAGAAGAAAUUACGACAGAAUAUUGUCGUGCAGGAUGAUCAACAUUUACAAGAAGCCACUAAGCCCAGAAAAAGAAUUGUAGUCACAAAGAAAAGACUACUAACUAGAAACAAAUAUUCUGAUAGUGUAUCAUACAGUGAAACUGAUACACCACUAUCUAGUACAAAAACAUAUCCGUAUCAGAAUAUCAAUGAACACACUAGAGGCAAUCAUGAAUAUGAGAACACUUCCGAAGAGAACGAAAUAGAUGACUAUUCAGAUGAUGAUGAUGAUGACAGUGAAGAGAAUGAAGAUGAUGAAUAUGAUGAUGAUAGAGAAGAAGAUGAAAACCAUUUAGACUACAGACCAAAAUACCUAGACGAUGAAGACUACGGAGAUGAUACAACAGAACAAAACGAGAUUGUGACGCUGAAAGAGUCCGAUUUUUUCUAUACCAAUUUUGAAGAUGAACCGAUAACCACAGCAGAUUUAAUACCUCCAACGGAGGUAUACACUGAGAACCCAACAAUAUUUACUAAUGCCUCAACAGCAACUGAAAGUGUUAAAAAUGAAUUGACUACAGAGAAAGAAGUGACAACAGAGGAAGAAAAAGGAACUACUUUGAUUAAUUCUGAGCAAGACAAAGAUGUAACGACAGAAAGACAAAAUUUACCUAUCGAAAUAACUUCUGAAACAGAUAAAGGCAGCUCUGUGUCAACAACAUCUGAUGUAUCAUCAACAGAAGCAACUUCCAAACGCAACUUAGAAGAUAUCACUGAAGAAAUCGAAGACAUUAACGACACACCAACUUUCCAAAAUAUUCCUGAAUAUGAACCCUAUUUCCCAGAACUAAUAGAAUCACUGGAUGCUCCCAUUGUCCUCUUCAAAACGACAGUUCUAUCUUCUAUCGAACUCUUGACUAAAACCGUUGUACAAAGCAGACUCAGGACCUAUACUUACGUUAUAACGACUAAAGCAGGCGACGAGCAAGUGGUUACUUCCACUACUGAAGUAAAACCUCACACAAAAACGACAGUUACUACCGAAUCGAUUACACGACUUAAAACAUUGACACUCUUAGAUAUAGACCCAACAAGUACCUUAACCAGUCCACAACAACCUAUAUCUUCUGUUCUGGAUAAAUCUCAAUCUGUCCAAGACAACCAAGUUAGAAACUACGAUGAAGCUAGGAACCUGGCCACGAGGAUUAUGUCUAACGGUGUCGAAGUAAUAGUAGCUGGAGACAAGACCAUCCCGGGGGAUAAAGACUAUAAGAGGUUACUCACGUCAGGAACGUAUAAAGGAGUUACGCUGAAACCUAGUACGUUGAGGGAGAAUAUGCUGAUGAUGUUGCCUCAGGAUUCGUCAAAUAUUGACAGUUUGACCUCUUCGUUAUAUCCCAACCAGUUCAUCACGAAGACAUGUUUGACAACUUUCACAUAUUUGACGACGUUCCUAGAGGGCAGCACAACGACAGUGUCUAGUCAUGAACAAGUGGUGUCUAAUAUAGCCACAGAAGAAAGGAAUACGGGCAAAAUACUUCCAACGCCAGCUGUUGGGGUCACACUUACGCAGAAUCCCAACUUAUCAGUGGGCGUAUUCCACACUACAUACACCUACCUCAACACCAUCCUGGACGGAGACCAACCUCUAGUAGUAUCUUCAAAGCACACCGUCACAAACACCAUCACAGCACCAGACGACUAUUUAUCCUUACUGAAAGUAUCCGGUACUCUAUCUCCUAUGAAAGACACCAAUACCUACUACAGCACUAUUGGUCUAGAAAAAACUCUAUACGAAGGAAACAAAACUUCCGUAAUGAGCACCAAAGAGGUAGUGACACAAGUUGUUAUUACAGAAAGCGUACCACCAAGAGCUACCUCAGUGAUGACGUCAUAUAUUGCUUUGGACUUCAAAGACAGUCCUGAUGCCUCGUUCGUUACAACGGAUGUUGUAAAAACUUACUUCGUCACUUAUACUUAUUUCAAUACUAUCAAUGAAAACAAUGUGCCAACAGUAUUCACUAACAUAUCUGUAUCGAGUGACGUGGUCACCGAAAAGUUAUAUAUCAUUCCAAAAACUAGCAACAAAUUUGAUUUUCAAAGUAAAGAGCAAAGGCUAGAAAAUAAUUUCCAAAUUUACACGACAAAAUCAUAUUUGACUACUUUUACCUAUUUUACAACUUUAUUACAAGAAGAAAAUCAAGAAAAUCCCACCGUUAUUAAUUCAAGAACUAGUGUAGUCGAAAAUUUGGUAUCUGAAACAGUCGAUUUAAGUCUUUUAGACAAAUCAAAUCUAAAUGAGAUCAGAAACGCAAUUGAACAAGGCUUAAAAUCGUUAGUACAAACCAUUACUCUGUAUAAUGGAGAAACUUUUGAAAUAACGGCUGUAGCUAACGAUAAAAAUAAAGCAGACGAGAGAAUAAAUCCUACAAAAGUGUUACCUAUAGAAAAAACACAGAUGCCUGAAACAUUUUCGCUUAUUAAAGACGACAAUCUUCAACCGGAAUCGUCUCCAAGUAUAAUCACAGGUUCCACCAUAGUUUUUAUAGAUGAUGAUCCAUUUGCUCAAUUAGCACCAACUCCAGUACUGAAAAAAACCACUGAAAUAAAAACAAAUGCUUCUCCUAGUACCAUCAAACCUUCUAAAGGACUAAAAAAGAGUAAAAGAUCUACAAAAAGUAAAACAAAAGUACAAACAACUUCCAUAUCACCAUCAAAAUCCAAAAAACAUAACACAGAAACAUACAAAGCCAAACCACAAACUGAAGAGAAAAACAAAGACAAGAAAAAUACUCCAGCUAAAACUGGAAAACCGAUUCAAGAAAACGACUUGCUAGGUUUGGGCUCAAUUAAUAUGGACAGUCUGCAAGCUUUUGCCCCUUUUCUCAACUCCAUGGCAGGCUUUAUAUCAACAAACUUAAAAGCUAACAGAAGAAAUGACGUCAAUGUAACUACAACCACCACAAAAGUAGAUACCAAUAAGAUUACUAAAUUCAAAACGAAUCAACCUAUCAAAGACCAAGAAACUGAAGCAGAUACAAGUAAAGAAGAUGCACAAGACGUUCAAAGUAGAUCUCCUAUAUAUAUCCCGGUGAGAGGUUUAGACGACGAAUUUGAGAUUGCUGAAAGCCAAAAUAUAGCGAGUUUUGACUGGGUAGAUCCUCCGUUAACGAACAAAAAGAUUCAAGAAUACCACGCCCACGAAAGUGCCCUGAUUAGUCAUGGAAUACCGAUAUCUCCAGGUGAUAUCAUCACCACCAACUCCGAUGUUAUUGUAGGGAAGCCAGGUAGAGUUGGUCCAAGAAUUCCGUCUAUUCCAGUGCAACAAGUAAGUCAAGAAAACGAGAUUCCUAUUGGUAUGAAGCCUCCUCCUCCAGGUGAACAUUGGAAGAAGAAUAACCAUGAAUAUAAAAGAAUUCCUGUAACGAAUAACUUCGAGAAGCCUUCUGAGUAUCGACAUGAAGAUUAUUUAGGUCCUCCUCCACCGAUAGCACCCUUUGAGUACAAUGCGCAGAACGAUAAGGUGAACGAAAUAUCAGGAAAUCCUGUUUAUGCCAAAAAUCAGAAAAACUACGAACCAGUAUACCCACAACAACAUUACAACGACCAACAGUACAAGUUUAAGGACCAACAACUGCCUGCAUUCACACAUAACCAUCCUGUGUAUGCACAAACUUUUAAUCAUGAACCACCAACUAGGGAAAAACCAUUUAACCCUAACACAAAACCGGUGUAUAGUUUGCAAGAACCAGUACCCCCAAAACAACAUAGUAAUAAUCGUCCAUUGUAUGUUCCUGCCGAUUACCACGAUAUUCCAAUAAACCAAGGAGAAAUACUAACAGGAGCAAUUCCUCAUGUUCAAAUCAAACAGUAUGAUCCCCCAGAUCAUCUGCAUGUAAACAUAAACAAUCAACAGCACGUUAACAUUGAACCACACCAUCAUGAAAUACCCAUAAAACAGUAUAAUGCUCAAGAACAUAUGCAUAUAAACAUAAACAAUCAACAACACGUUAAUAUUGAACCACACCAUCAUGAAAUACCCAUCAAACUACAAGAAGAAAUUCUAACUGGAGGAAAAUUGAAUAACAUCAAUGUUAAACCAUCAAUAAUCAACAAUGAGCAUUUUAUAUUGCCAGAAGUUAUCGAAAGGUCCACAGGUCAACCACUUUUAGUCAACAUUCAGCCGAGUCAAGUGGCUUUCGUGAAUAUACCAUACAACAGAACUACAGCAUUGAUAUAUGGUGGUUCCACAGAACCCCAUAGAAAUGGUCAAUAUUUUGAUGAUCCUUCACCAUAUCCACAACCAGAAUAUUCAGGAAUAGAGAUAAAUGAUCCAGUUUUACCAAUUGCUUCAAUCUACCAACCAGAUCUUCCCAAUCAAAAGCAAGUGAAAGGUGUGAUCAAAGUAGAAAAUCAAUUGAUCAGAAAUGAGCCUAUAAGUAGCGAGAAUCAGAAAGUUAAUGUUCAUAUACAACCAACAAAAAUUGAAUCGUUUAAUAUCAUUCAGGAAAAUCAAGUAGCCAAAACACCUCCUGUUUCCUACGGUUUAGUUCAUCACGGUGCUAACAUUGACGCACAUGUUAUCAACCACAAUGAUAUGUUUAGUAGUGUUUUACCUUCAAACGAUCAAAACAACAACAGAAAACCUUUUCCUCCAAAUCAGAACAUAGGAAAUAGUGAGAUUCCAGUUGAUCAGAAUGUUAUAAACUAUAGAAGACCAACACACAUACAUUCCAGACCAAUAUACAACCAAGAAGGUGUUGCUGAUCCUUUUGCCCACAGAUUACCAAAUGGGCCAGCUCCGCAAAGUCCCAAUAACAAGCACCCACAGUUACAGAAAUACAACAAUAAUAAAAAGAAUAUUUUGAGGCCAAAUUACAUAUCCCAAAAGCAACAACCUGAGAUAUCAGAGUUUAUGCUCCCACCUACAACACCCAGACUUCAGAAUAAACGACCAUAUGAUCAAAAACAAACUAGUAGACCCAUUUCUAUUCCAGUGGGUCCAGAAAAGCAACAAAGUCCAAAACUACCGCCAGAUUUUAAACCUUCCUAUCCCAUAUUUGAGGUGCACUUACCACCAAGUAAUGUAAAUCACCAACCUGUUCAGCCAAUACAGUCUAACCAUCCUCAGAAACCUGUUCAGUCGAUACAGUCCAACUAUCCUCACGAACCUGUUAAAAAAAUACAGUCCAACUAUCCUCAUGAACCUGUUCAAACAAUACAGUCCAACUAUCCCCAUGAACCUGUUCAAACAAUACAGUCCAACUAUCCCCAUGAACCUGUUCAAACAAUACAGUCCAACUAUCCUCAUGAACCUGUUCAACAAAUACAGUUCAAUCAUCCUCAUAAACCUGUUCAACCAAUUCAGUCGAACUAUCAUGAGAUCAACAUGAACCAAGAGGUUGGUAACCAUAAAGAAGAUGACUUAGAAAAUGAAGAUGGAGAAGUUGUGCAGGAAUCUAAUAGCAGACCAUUACUUCCUGGAGAAAUUCCUCAUGAGAUAGUCAAAAUGCAGUCUAGCUCAACAGAAAGACCUGAAUCAAGACCUGUCUUUACCGGACACACGCCAUUGAAACUACAAGACCAUGCUUCACAAAUACCAAAAGAAAAAGUUAUAUACAAUCAAACUACUAUAGGUAUAGAUCUUUUGCAUAGCAUAAACAACGCUUUUAAUGAAGUUAAUAAUGAAAAUAUAGACAAUUUAAAUGCUAUUCCAACUCAAGAUCAGAUAAUAUAUACAAUUUCUCAAAAACCUAUUGUUUUUAGAGACGAGGUGCCGAUACAUAACUUUGGUACAACUCAAAAACCUAUUGUCUUUAGAGACGAAAUACCAAUGCAUAACUUUGGUACAACUCAAAAACCAGUUCUUAUCUUUAUCGAUGAAGACGAGAAAACCAAAGAAACUUUCUUUAACAAAGAGAACAAAGAUAGACCGACUGUAACUUCACUACCUAUUAACACGUUUAAAGAAACCUUGUUCUCUUAUCCGAUCAAUAAAGACCGACCAACAGUAACUUCACUUCCUAUCAACAGAUUUAAAGAUUAUAACAGGGAAAACCCAAAAGCACCGUUGCAGAAUAUAAGUCCCUUUAAAGAAAAUAACUACAAAGAAAGACCAACAGUUACGUCAUUACCCAUCAACAACUUUAACGAGUACAAUAGAGAAAGACCAGUAACUUCUUCUCAAGGUAUAAACCUAUAUAACGAUAUCAAUCGAGAAAGACCGUCAAUUGGUUCUCAACCAAUCCAUAUAAAUACAACAAAGAAUACCUACAGAGAAAGACCAUCUGUUACAUCAUUACCAAUAAAUAACAACAGGGAGAAACCUCCAUACAAUUUUAACUCUUACAAAGACAGUAAUCUGGGAAGACCAACAUCUACCUCUCAACCUCCGCAUACAUUCAAAGAAAACACCUACAGAGAAAGACCAACAGUAACCUCACUACCUAUAAACAACUUUAAGGAGUACAACAGAGAAAAACCAAUUACCUCUCCUUAUAAUAUUAACAUCUACAAAGAUUAUCGUCGUCCAACUGCAUCACCUCGACCUGUUACUAACUAUAAAGAGUUUAACAACAGACCAGCUGUUACAUCGUUGCCUAUUGAUAAGUUCCAAAUAUUUAAUAACAGAGAAAGACCUCCUAUAACAUCUAUAGCUAGCGAUAAAGACCAAAUACUGAGAAUUGGUACUCAGACGGAAAAACCAUUCUCUGGAGUACCAUCAAAAACCAUAUCCUUCAACGAAAUUGUCAAAAAGGAUGUACUUCUGCCCAAACCAAGUAAGAACGCGAAUACACCGCGCACAACUAGUACUCCUCUAAGUACGGUUGAUAGGGAAUCACAAUUUAAUACUGGAGAAAUACCACUGAAUUACAACAACAGUAUAAAACAGAUAACUGACAUGGAAAUCAUGAAACCUCCACCUCCUCCUCAAGAUGUGUCGAAACAACCACCAAACAUUUACACUGCAGUACCUACAGACAAUCAGCAGCCAUUAUACACACCAAAUAUAUCAGAAGAAAUGGUACCACCACCACCACAACCACCACAAGAUACUCAGAAGGUUAUUGGUAUGGUACCACCUCCACUAACGUCGCCGAAAUUACCGCCAACUGUAACGACCCCCAAGUACUCAAUGGAAGUAGACGUUCCUAGUACAAAACCAACGACUAGUACUACCACUGAAGUUAACAGACAUAGAACCAGAAGGCCAUUCACCAGACGUCCCGGUUACAGAACAACAACGACAAUAAGUAGUACUAGUAGUACCACCACAACGCCAAGACGAAGACCAGUCUAUCCAGGUUACACGAACAAACCUACUGAAGAGACCAAAUCAACGACUCCUAAGACAACAAUCAGUCCAUCCCCAUCUAUAAAGAUUAAACCAUCUCUGGAGGUUAUUAUUGGUAACCCUACUUUAGAAUCUGAGCCAACAAAGUCGUCGUCUUCCACAGUAGAAUUAUCUUCAUCAGAAGCUUCGAUCUCAACCCAAAAGGUGCUUAGUGAACCAGAUCUUUUGGGUAUGGAAAGUGGAAUACCUGCUGAAAGUAUUGAUAGUAAUAAUGUGCCUGAUGUUGUAACACCAGGUGUUCAUCAUGCAGGAAACGAAAUAAAAGUUAUAUUAGAUGCAACUACACCUUUACCAUCAACGAUCAAAACUGUUUACAACGAAACAAAGAGUAAAGUACCUAUUCCUACAAGGUAUAUUACCCAUACCAAAACAGCUACAGUAACAAUCACUAAAACUACUGUCAUAAAGUCUCUUGGAAUCCCUUCAACGUUAACGAUACUAGUAACAAAAACAGAAAAGAUGACCAUUGUGGAUACUGUAACAGAAGUCCACACGCUUGUUAAACCAACAAGUAUUAUUGAGACUAUUACAACAACUGUAAAACAAGCUAGUUCUUUGUAUCCAGAUGACGCAUAUGGUAGUCCAUAUCCUUCAAUUCAAGUGAAACCGACACUUUUGGCACCAUUUUUGAAUUAUAACGAUACAGUAUAUGGAGAAAGCUCAGAAGAUAAUCUUGAAGACUUUAUCAUUCACGAAACUGAUCCGCCUAUACCAAAACAAAAAGAACCACAGGUGCAUCCAGAAGAUAACGACUCAUUUUUAGUGGUAAUGACAGAUAAAAAUACUAAGAGUAUUGUUAAAGUACCAGCAAGUUACGAACCUCCCGAAAGAGAUGAAGUUAUUACCACGAAUAAAGAUAAUAACGUACUCCUUGCAGGAAUACUACUUAAUCAUCCUGAGGAACAACAGGAAAAGGUUUUGGAUAGAUGCGAACCUGAAUGUAAAGCGUCCAGGAAUGAAUUGUGUCAAAAACUUGGAGGGCAUAUGAGGUGUAUAUGCCGUCCUGGGUUUGCCAGAAUGUUUCCAGAUAGACCUUGCCUACCUACGUAUACCUUCGACUUGAAGAUAACUCUAGACAGAAUCGGGAAAGAUCCUCUGCACUUUUACGAGGAUUUGAGAAAUACUAACUCAACAGAACAUUACAAGUUUGUUCAAGCAACUGGUGAAGCCUUGGAUAGAAUGGUAAUGCAAUCUGACUUGAGGGACAUCUUCCACGGUGUCAAAGUUCAUACAUUCGAACCAGCAACAAAAGGAAUAGUCAGCAAAUUUCAUUUACAACUUUCCGAAAACAUCGAGGAGCACAAACUGGAAGACGUACUUAAAACAUAUCUCCGGAAUAACAGCUUCAGUUUGGGCGGUACAGACAUCUUUGCCAGUCCACUGAUGGAGCUGGAAGCUCACGAUUUUAAUGAGUGCGCUCACACUAACCUUCACGAUUGCUCAGAAAACGCACAUUGCUUCAAUUUGAAGGGUACCUACUCGUGUAGCUGUAAAGAAGGUUUUUCGGACAUGUCUGAAAAUAUGCUGUAUCCUGGCAGAGUAUGUUCUGCUGAGCAAGUUGGGUGCGAAAAAUGCAACUACCACGGUACUUGUUACUCCAGAGGAGCUGACGAAGUACUAUGCGAGUGCUUCCAAUGGUACACUGGACAGUAUUGUCACAUUAAUCUAAAAGUUUUACUGAUAGCUCUGGUGACACUUGGAACCGUACUCUUUGGGCUACUGCUUACCUGUAUCAUUCUUACAUGUGUAAAGGGCAAACCAAGACCUGUAGGAGUAGCGGGAGGAAUCAGUAUAUUACCACAGGGAGCUUCAGCUAGAAGAAAUACCUUGGAUAGACGAGCGAUGAUUCAAGACACUAGCUCUGAAGAGGAUAACAAGUCAGAAACGUCGCGGUAUGUGAAGAAACAAAAGCCAGCUCCUCAAAAGAAAGCCUCAAAAGUGUCCCUUCAAGUGGCGGAACGAGGAGAGGGAGGAGCGACUAACCACGGUAUUACUUUCGACGACCAGAAAGACAGAUCUUUAACUGUCAUGAUCCCCCGAGCUAAGUACCACCCAGCGCCACAUACAUCUCCGUUAUCUAACUACACCACCUUUGACGUGAGGAAACCUUCAGUGCCGUCUAUACCCAACGAAGCCAAGUUGUUGAGUUUCCUGGACGCGGGCCCAUGUCCAAGCAAGUCUGAACCUGUGAGGAAAUUCAGCAACGCUCCCAGCGAGUCACUGAUAGAGGAAAAACCUAGCUCUAGAAAGACCUCUGGAGCUUUGAUUUCAGCUGGAUUUGAAGUUUCAGCCACGGUUGUGAACAAUAUGGGUACUUUGGGUACGACUUGCGGUACUGAAGCGGACAGAAGUGAGAACGCGACGCUUAUACAGAAAAUCAGCGCGGAUUUGUUGUCCAGCACUGGUACUAGGUCGCAAUUUAACACUCUGAGGAAAUCUUUGGUGGACGAUGAUCUGAAGAGUGAAAUCCACAUGGAUAGUGAAUCGAAUUGGUUGGAUAUGUUACCAAGAGUAAUGACGGUUUCUGAAGCGAGGUCUUAUGACGAAACUACAAUUCCACCUCCAAUGAAGUGUCUUCGGACAGACUACGAUUCAAAACCUUCUUCUCAGCAUCCUAACGAUGAGGCAAACACAAUGGCCGAAAGAGACUUAGGGUCUACAUUUAUGCUUCCACACACUCAUCUGUAUAAACCAGAUAGGGGAAGCGAUAUUUCAGGAUUCGAAUCGCUUUAGCAAAAACCACACAACAAAUUUUGCUACGGUGAUCGAUUCACUCAAAAAAAUGUGCCUUAAAAGUUUCGUGUCAGUGCCUGUGGUAUUUUAUUUAUUUAUAAACUGUUUUAUUUUAUUUUUAUCAUACAAUUGUUUUUAAACUAUCCCCUAUUGUAUAAAAUUGUAUUUUUAUAUAUAAUUUUUACUUUAGCCAUAACAUGUUUUGACUGUACAAAUGUGUGGGGAUUUUUGAACAAAAAAAACUACUGGAAUUUUAGAUUUGAAUGUUGAGAGAGGUAUAAGUGUAAAUAUGCCUUGCAAAAAUGUUAAAAUACUUUCAAAGACAAUUUUUAGGUUUUACAAUAAUUUAUUUCCUUGUUAAAACAGAUUCAAUUUUACGAUCAUCUGCAGAAAUUGUAUCAAAUUUGGCAAAGUCUAAGGUUUUUCAAAUAUACUAUACUAUUCGUAUUGAUUUGUAGGUUGUUUCUUAUAUUAAACAACGAAAAACUUAUUAGUGAAUGAUUUUAUUCUAAAUUUGAAGUAAAAUAUAUCAAAAUCUUGUUCCUACUUUUUUUGAUGCCUUAAAAGGUCUUACAGAUCGAUAAAAUAAGCCAAAGCAUAAAUAAAUAAAGGAGGGACUGUCCUGGUUUUUCAAUACAUCCAGAAUCAUCUCUAUAAAUAACUCAGUUCCUUCCUGAUCAUUUGCAGUUGCUCAAGAUGCUUUGUAGCUGCAUCUUUUUCCUCAUCCUUUACAGCUACUUAGAAUAAUCGAUGAUCCAACAGUUGUAAUCCUUUCGCAACCCAAGCUUUUGCUCAGAACAUUUUUAAGCAUAAAUCUGCUUAAAUUUUCUGAUCCCUUACAGUUACUUUACAGUGCCCAAAGUAGCAUUUCUUUCCUGAUCUUCUGUAGCCGUUUAAAACAUUUUACAGUUGAUUCUGCCUAAAUUUCCUGAUCCCUUGUAGCUAUGUUAAGUAGCCAUGUGUCCAAAGAUACGCUCUUUUCCUGAUCCUUUGUAGCUGCUCAAAACAACUGACGCAGUAGCUGCAAGUCUUUCCUCAUCCUUUGCAGCUGCUUAGAAUACUUAAUCUAUGGUAAACAAAGUAGUAAUCGUCUCCUAAUUUCAAGCAGUUGCUCAGAACAUUUUUACGCAUAAAUCCGUUUAAUUUCCUGAUCCCUUACCCUCUCCUCCCUUCCUGAACCUAACAUAUUUAAUGAUCCGGCUUGAAGGACCAUGUUGAGUCGUGGGACGAAACUGGUUAAUUAAGUAAAUUACGAGCAGUAGAAUAAAGUAUAAAAUGGCAAAUAAAGAUGUGUAUAGUUGGAAAUACGAAAACACUGGACUAGACUCUUAAAUUGUUAAAAAUUUGUAAAUAGAAGCGCACUCACUUGUAGUUAAUAAUCCUUUGCAACUGUUAUAGAAUGUAUAAAAAGUACAUAUUUCUGAUUAUUUGCAGUUGCUGCAAACUUGUGAUGUACCAAAACAAUUAUUAACUUUUACAAAUUAAAAAAAAUGAUCUACACAUCUCAAUUUAUGAUCUACAAUGAAGGGAAUAUUAUUUAGACGUGAAACUAUAAAGUUAUCUUUGAAAAUCUUCUAAAAUUCCAGAUAGUUUACUUUUUAAAUUAUAUUUCUGAUAGAGAAGUAAGAAUGAGCGUGUAAAUAUGGCGUGAAUGGUUUUAAAAUAUUUAUAUUAAGCAUAUUCUGGUCCUAAUAAUAAACAUUUUGUAUAUUCAUCAGGCAAGUUGAAGCAAAGUGCCAAAAAGACUAACUGUUUUUGUAUAUUUCCAUAUUUUUUUAUUAAAAUGUUUGUAAAGUAAUUAAAUAGUAUUACAAAGAGCAUAUUGGAACGUUUUUACGUGUUUUAUUUGUAAUAAUUACUUUCCAGAAAUAAAAGUUUUAAUUGUU